GUUGUGAAUUAUUUUUUAUUAGUAUUCUAGUGUGGUUAGAAAUUAUUGUUUUUUUUAAUUGUUGUUUUUUGUGACGAUUUUAUUAGUGAUAUAAAAUAAGGAGUUGGAGUAAAGAUGAAGGAGUGUGAUUGUGAUUUCAUUUUACCAACAAAAGAAGGUUGGGAACAACAUUACGAUAAUUGUAUUAGCAAAUGGAAUUCAACAGCGCAAUAUCCAAAAAAUGAAGACGGAUCGAUUCGUCUCACAAAUGAAAAUCUGUCGAAACUGCAUCAGGACUUUAUCUAUCAUCUCGGACUUGAUACAGCCAGUUACGACUUAAAGGCUAUGUUUGGAGAUGUCAAAUUUGUAUGCAUGGGUGGUACCAAAUAUCGUAUGAAGGAAUUCGCUAAACAUAUGGCUAAAGUGUUAAAUAUAAAAGAUUUCGAAGCAAAAAAUCUGAGCAAACACUCGCAUAGAUAUGCAAUGUAUAAAGUUGGCCCGAUCAUUUCAGUUAACCAUGGUAUUGGUAUAUCUUCAAUGACUAUACUCCUACAAGAAAUAUUAAAAGUACUGUACUACGCAAAAGCGAAGAAUCCUAUAAUCUUCAGAAUAGGAACGAGUGGAGGUCUGAAAAUACCACCUGGUUCCAUCGUCAUAUCGUCUUGGGGUCUAAAUGGUAUUUUAGAGAAGACAUAUGACCUUCCAGUUUUAGGUGAAAUUCGCAAGUUACCUUCCGUAUUCGAUAAACGGUUGAUACAAGAACUCGAGUCUAUGGUGACUGAAGGAGAUGGAUUCAACACGUACAGUGGAGGAACAAUGGCUGCCGAUGAUUUCUAUAGAGGACAAGCGCGGUUAGACGGACCGUUCUGUGACUACAAAGAGGAAGACAAGUUGGCAUUCCUCCACAGGCUGUCAGCGCUGGGCGUGAAAAAUAUCGAGAUGGAGGCUACUGCCUUCGCUGCGAUGACUAGAGAAGCAGGAGUUCGCGCUGCGGAUGUCUGUGUUACUAUACUGGACAGGUUGAAUGGUGAUCAGGUAACACCAGACAAGGAGUUACUGUUAAAAUUUCAAGAACGUCCUAUGAUUCUAGUCGGAAGAUACAUCGCCAAGUAUUACGAGAACAAUAUUCAAUGAAUAAAUAUUUGAAACAAUUUAUAAAAAUCGAAAAAUAAAACAUUUUUUGUC